AUGGAUACAGACUCCAUUUCCAGCAAGGUGAUAGAAGUGGAAGGUGACCUUUUUGAUGCUCCAGAUGGCACAGCUUUGAUACGAAGCCACGAAGCUAACAGUUUCAUUCUUACCCAGUACCCUGCGGCAUACGAGAUCUACGAAUCUUACUGCCGUAUGUACCUCGAAAAGCCUCAAUAUCGCAAGAUCAACCCAACAGAUACUGUUACUGGAAGUAGCCAGAUUCCCGCCCGCGACAUCCGACUUCCAGAGGGAUCUACAUUAGUUAUCCCGCCCCAAAAACGGGACUACGAAAAGCCGGGAGGUAAAAAGCACUGGGUCAUCUGCCUCUUUACUUCGCGUGGAUAUGGACGCAAUGUGAGCAGCGUCGAUAUCAUUCUGCAAAAUACGGAGCUGGCGAUUGCGGAUUUGAAGGAUCAGCUUGAUGAGCUGAAGCAAAUGUGGUCCAAAGCAGACGAUGCUAAUAUUAAGGGCCUAAAAGCUUGCCGGUUCAACUCGGGACUUUUUGGAGUGGAUUGGGCGCUUACGAGGAGGAUUUUGGAGGAUUCGGGGUUGGAAAUUAUUGUUGUUCGUCCGCCCGGGGAGAAUGAUCCUAUUCCGCCAACGUACUCUUUAACCAAUGUGCCGAAGUACUUCGUAGGAAAGGAAAGUGGUGUACGCAAGUCACCUGACCUCGCGUCUGGCAGUCGCGAUGCGCGCCGAUUCAACCGCCAACACCUCUUUCACAUCUACCAACUUCAGAGCACAAGAAAGAAACAAAUUGAGCGCAGAACCAUGCCAGUUGAACGCCAAGCUCCCCAAAAGCGCCGCACACUUCCGUUCAAGCCACCAAGUAGAGCGUCAGGAUCCGCCGUGUCAGCAUCAACAGCUGGCUCAUCCAAAGCCAAAGCCACCAAACCAGCAACAAAGACCAAAAAUACUAACGCGGCAACCACCUUUUUCUCGAAUAAUAAACCCGCAAAAGCCACCACUUCCCGCCAAAGGCCAUCGCCUUCCCCGAGUCCUACAAACUCAGGCACCGACUCGACUUCCUCCACAUCAGAUGAUUCAAGCCGCGCCUCGCCCGCUUCGGCCUCAGACGACGAGAGUGAAGCAAACUACAUUCUCGCUGAAAUCACACACGCUAAACCCGAGCACGAAGACGUCCUCUCAUCGGAACCGCUCAUCCCGCCGAAAUUGUUAACGAGGCUCUUGCACCAUCAUUUCCGGAGCGAAAAGACGAAGAUUGCGAAGGAUGCGAAUGCCGUUGUUGCGAAGUAUAUCGAUGUCUUUGUGAGGGAGGCUGUUGCUAGGGCAGCUUUUGAGAGGUCCGAGGCACAAGGGGGUGCGAGUGGUGGGGUUGGGAUUGCGGAUGGGUUUUUGGAGUCUUGUGCUGAUAUUGAUAUGGUGUUGAUUAUUUACCUUGGAAAGAUGGCUGGCUUUGUUCUGGGUGUUGGGUGUUCUGCUGGGGUUCCUCUAGGGCAUGGCAUGUUCUUUGCUUGUACUCGUGAUACCAGUCGUGUGGAUUUUUGA